UCAACAAUUUUGUUGUCAGUCAAUGUCAAAUCGAGUCAAGUUCAGUCAGAAAAAUAGCGAUUUGUAAUAUGUAAUGCGAGUGUAAAUUAAUUAAUUGAUAAAAGAAGGUGAUAGGAAAUAAUAUUAUUGAGUAGAUAACUGCCGGUCCUCGCUAAGAUAAAAUUCUGAAAUCCGGCAGUGUGAACGCUAUGCUAAGAAAAAAUCGCUGCAGUUAUUUGGAAGAGCAGCAAUCAGCGUGAAGGCCAGGAUGCUGCCGGUGCGGCUGCGGCGCGUGGCGGGACACGAGGGCCGCGCCAAUGAUGCGCUGUUCCAGCCCGCGACGCGCGCGCCGCCCCUUAAACAACAUACGCUUGUGUUCUUUGGGGGUGAUGUACAGGACUACCCAGAAGUGAUGCAAGCACACCGCGACAAUCGGAACUACCUGAAAUGGAACUUAGAGAAUACGGUUCGGAUGCUGGGACAUAACUUCCCCACUAAACACAUACUGGCUGUUAGACCUUCUAGAUACAUCGGUGGUUACAGGAUAGAGUACAAGAGUUUCAGCUGUUACGACAAUUUUGUACCGAGCAACAACGCGGGGGUGCCCGAACACACUCCCACGCAUAACGCCUUGCAUCAUUUAGAAAGGCUUCUUCAAGGAGUGAGUAACAGGAUAAAGAGCUUCUCAUCAUCAGAGCUAAUUGAGGCUUUCUCCCCCGUCACUCUGCCUGAAGACAUUGAUAUAGAAGACUUACAUAACUCGUCAAUCCACCCAUCUUCAGAGAGUAGCAAGUGUAACGGCAGUGAGUCGGAGGCGAGCGGCUCUGCCGUCCCCCUCCUCGUGCCGCACAAGCCUACCGAACCGGACCCACUCUGGUGGCGUGACAAACUCUCCCUGGACGAGUCUCAGCUGACGCUGGUGGGGUUCAGCAAGGGUUGCGUGGUGCUCAACCAGCUCAUCUACGAGUUCCACUACACCAAGACCCUCACGCCAGGAGACUCACAUAUGAUGAGGUUCAUGGAGCGCAUAGUGGACAUGUACUGGCUGGACGGCGGCCACGCGGGCGGCAAGAACACCUGGAUCACUUCCCGCAGCCUGCUCGAGACCCUCACGAGGCUCAAUGUGAACGUGUUCAUCCACGUGAGUCCUUACCAAGUGCAGGAUGAAGGUCGGCCGUGGAUCGGCAGGGAGGAGAAGGCGUUUACUAGUCUACUCAAGAAAUUGGGCGCUAAAGUAAACAGAUAUCUUCACGACCAGCCCGGCAUGACGCACUCACUGAACAUGCAUUUCGAAGUGCUCGCCAACUUCAAGCGCAUGCAGGACAGCAUACCGGCCGGCAUGCCUGAUACCUCCGACGAAGAUAUUUAAACUAUAUGUAUACCGACAUUCAGGAAUUUUUCGUUUUGUUGGACAAAACUUUUCCGGUAAGUUUUUGUAUAAACAGCACAUCAAGCUACUCCAAUGUGUCAGAUCUGUGGAGAACCAAAUGACAAGCGGAGAUGUAGACAGUAGCGUGCCGAACUUAGCUGCGGGUGUUCGGGAAACGAGGAACGUUACUAGCGUUGCUACCCUUAUACGCCUUCUUUGGGCCAUUAAAAAAUAAAGAUUACCAAUCAAUUUUUGACAGAUUGGUCUUGAUUUGACAAGGAACCCGAACGCCCAAGUAACUGAUCGUUUUGAUUAAGCCUACUGUAUGUUAUGGCGGUUAACCUUUUUUUUUGGAGUCUCCGCUCAUCUUUCCUUUCUCCGUUGUCAAAUCCCAAUCAACAUUCAACCAUAUACUUAGGAGAUAAAGUUGAAAAUCUAUUGAAGAAACUUGACAAAUUGUACUAGUUUGAUGUGCUGGCGUCUGUACAAAGGGUUUCAGGGUAGAAAGUUUAUUUCCUUAGGAAUUUUGAAAGUAUUAUUAUUUAUUCUGUAAUUUGUCUGAUGCGCCAUACUUGUGUAUUUAAUUUUAUAACUGCCAAUGAAUACCAUAAGUUGCUAAAUAUCCCAUUACUUAUUUUCAUUGGCGUUAGUAUGUGCAAGAAUUAAGUAUAGAGUACAAUAUGUAUGUGUCGGCGUCAGGAUCCGACAUCGUUAAAUAAAACAAAGGCGUUCUCACACAAUCACUUGGUUUAUUCCAAUUAACACAGUAUUAGUCACUACAAUUAUUUAUCACUAAUUUGUGGGAGGUGUGCACUCGGCAACGGUCGGCGAACGAAUGACCCGAGCCAUAGAUAAUACACUAUAUAGAGAUAGAUACGCAACUCAUCGUUCAAAACAACUUACUAGCGUGAAAGUUAACGGGCCCCCGUCACAAGAUGGCGUGGUUACUUCAUGUAUGGUUAGGGUAGAUGGCGCUUUUCAAGAGUUCUCUUAAAUAUGUUUUUAAAUUUGAAAAUUGAAAUCACUGUUUUAAAUUCAAUUUACUGUAAAUUGAAUUUAAAACAGUGAUUUCAAUUUCCAGUUCCAGUUUCCAGUUUUCAGUUUCCAACUUCUAGUCUAGUCAAUAAUAUUAUGGGAGAUAAUAAAAAAACAAAAGAUAAAGAGUACAUUUAUCGGCUAAGUAUAUUUUAUUUCCUUUUUUUAUGUGUAUUACAAUAUUUAAAUGCUUGUAACUUAAUUUCAUCAUUUACAUCGAAAUUUGUUAUUUUUCCGUUAAUUAUUCUAUUAACCCCGGUGCACCAACUGUGAAUGAUUAAAUUAAUUGACAUAUUAA